UGGAGAAGUGGCCGGGAAUUUUUUUUUUCCGGGUUGGUCCGCUGGGGAGGCGGGGCCGGUUCUGCGGGAUUACUUUUCUAGACUCGUUUCUGAUUGGGUGAUAUGACGCAAUGCGCGCGCCCCAUUAGAUGCUAAACUGCUGGCCGGUCUGAUCUCUUCCUCUCUGUGAUCCUGCACUUAAACUGAAUUCCUGGAGUAGUCUUCCGGGCUUGGUCCUCGGCUGGGGUGCAGUUGUUGGGCACAGUGCCCUCAACCUCUUGGGCCUCACCUGUGGACUGGAGACUCAGGCCUCACUCACUUCGGUUCCUCAAUUAACAGCAGAACCAUCAACAAAUGUUUGUUGGAUUAGGACAAAUAAAGAGGUUGGAAAGGAGCGAAGCCUUUAUGACUCGUUUCAGUAGUUCCGCCUACUCCAUUUUCUUCCAGGUCAGGGGGUGUGCCUCAGAGAAAGAAGGAGACGACUUUUGCGGGCAGUCACACACUUCGAACGUUUAGUCGGGCCUUUGGAUUUCCCUAGAGUCUAUAAUCACGACGGGAAUCUCUUCUCAUGGAAUUCAUUUGGUCUAUGGCUUCUCUACCCUCACACCAUUCCUUUUUUUAGUUUGCGGAACUUCUGGAAACUGAAAACUACCACAGUAGGGUAGAUGGAAGUAGUAAAAUCAGCAAAACUCAAAUCCCUGCGAGCCUCUUGAAGGAGGUUCCUAAAGUCAUGGAGAAGCGCCUUCAGGAGGCUCAGCUAUACAAGGAGGAAGGAAACCAGCGCUACCGGGAAGGGAAGUACCGAGAUGCCGUGAGUAGGUACCAUCGAGCUCUUCUUCAGCUGAGGGGUCUGGACCCAAGCCUGCCUUCCCCUCUACCCAAUCUGGGACCUCAGGGCCCAGCUCUCACACCGGAGCAAGAAAACGUACUGCACACCAUCCAGACCGACUGCUACAACAACCUAGCUGCCUGUCUCCUCCAGAUGGAGCCAGUGAACUAUGAACGAGUGAGGGAAUACAGUCAGAAAGUCCUAGAACGACAACCUGAUAAUGCCAAGGCCUUGUAUCGGGCUGGAGUAGCCUUCUUCCACCUGCAAGACUAUGACCAGGCUCGGCACUACCUGCUGGCUGCUGUCAAUAGGCAACCCAAAGAUGCCAAUGUUCGACGGUACCUCCAGUUGACACAGUCAGAACUCAGCAGCUACCAUAGGAAAGAGAAACAGCUGUACUUGGGCAUGUUUGGUUAAUGAAGAAAAAAGAUGCUUCUCAACUUGAAUUCACGUGGACAAGUAAAGACCCAUCAAGGGAAAUAUGAGCCUCAGCAAGAGAAAUUCACCCUUUACCUCUGA